CAAGUUCUUAAUCCAAAAUGGCGGUAAUUGCGGUUGCACACGAGGCUUAAAAAGAGACAGAAAUAAUGCUAGAUUCCAACGAAGAAUUCUUUCUUAGCUCAUAAUUUUCGGUCGUAAUCCAUUGAAAUGACUUCCAUUGAAAUAUCUAAUCGUGGGCUAUGGCACAUUAUAACCGGACGAUCUUCCUUGCAAGAGCCGGAUCAGAUUGGAGAAGAACUUAAACGGAAGAAGGAUCGUUUACUGCUAGGAACCGCUGACUAUAAAGAACCAAGUCCUCAGUCUGCUGAAGCUCUUCGAAAGUCACCAAAUAUUAAACCAAAACGAAAGGAAUUUGUUUUGAAACUUAGUAAAUUUUUGAAUCUUGAUGAAUGGAAGAGUUUACAGUUGUUUGGCAGCUACUUGGAGAAUGACUUUAGAGGCUCUAAACAACAGCUCCUGGAAAUGUUGAAAAAUGAAGCUCAAACAGAGGCACUUUUGCUGAAGAUCAUGGAGUACUACUUUGAAGAACGUUUACACAUCUUACAGUGCACUAAGUUUUUGUUGAGCUACUGGCAAGACCCUAGACAUCAAUGGCGAGAAGAAUUUGCAGAGUGCAUCGAAGCUAUGCAGGAAAAUGAUGUUUUGAUUAUGAAGAUUUUGGAACAGUACAAGACUUCUUGUUCUACCACAGUUCCUCUUCAUGCUACUGCAGGAUCAUCACUUCAUCUGAAGACAAAAUGUCAGCGAUGGGCCUUACAGUUUUUAAGAGAACAGAUACUGCUUCUGGAAAUCAUGUUCCUCUAUUAUAAGGAAUUUGUUGUUCCAGCCAAGUCCCUGCUAGACUUAGCAAAACUAUUUCAGAGCCAGAGUUUUGGAUUGAAGCAAGUCAAUAGACAGCUUUUUGAAGGACAGGCUGAGGUCUUACUUCCUCAUAUCAGUUACCUGCAGGUGUUGGUUCUCAUAGUUUCACUUGACUUAGAGAGUUUAAGGAAAUUAAUAGAAGAGGACAGCUGUUCACGGCAUCAUUUACUCCAGGAGAAAGCCUCACUUGAGGCUCUAGAUAAGUUUUUUCUUAGCUGCGGAGAUCAGCCUCACCAUGGACCUGUCAUGUUGGCCUGGGCAGCGUUUAGAUAUGUUACUAUAGAUGCCAGUCAAGAACAGUUUGUAAGAAGAAUUGGUGGAAAAGCAUUGCAAUGUUCUGUGUUCAAAUAUUUACUUGGGAUGUUAAGAAGUGAGGAAUUCUCUACAAAUGAUGUUGUGUCUAACACUUGCAAGAGCCUUAUAUAUGGACUGAUGGUGAUAGUGCUGGCACUGUUUGAUGAGGAUACACUGGGAGAGCUACCACUGUUGGUCUCUGUUUUGUCACAAACUCUUACUGAGAAAGGUCUUUGUGUGGAUUUCUGGGAUUUGGACUUGAAUACAGGUGCUGGUCUCCUUUUGAAUUCAGCCAGAAGUUGGUUUCCACUCCAGUUUUGUCCAUUUGUGCAACUUCUGAAAUCCCUAGCUGGUGACAAGGAUUCUGCAGCUAAGGUUUAUGACUAUUUGGACAAAGUGACAUCAUACACUGAGUUGCUGAGAGAAAACCAGCUGAGUGACAUAGACUGUUCUGGUGUUAAUAAGAUCUGGAGGAUUGUUAAUCCAAGAAUCCUCUAUCAGAAUUUGUUUAGUCCAGAUUCAAAAGAACUCAUUAUGCCUGCUGGCACAUGCGGAAAAGUUGCUCCUGUACCUGAAGGACCUGCUAUAAUACAAUGGAGUUAUCACUAUUCCUGCUGGAAACUUUUUGCAUUGGAAAUUGAUUCAUUCCUUGAAUCUGUGGGAUCUGGAGCAGCUGUGGAUUGUCAAAAUGUCAUUUGUAUUGUGGAGUUAGUCAAUGAGGUCCUACUCAAUGACUGGGACAAGGCUGUUUAUCUCCAGCCUCUCUCUUCCCGUCUGUAUCUGAUUAUUCAGAGGUGUACACCAUCACCAAACCCUCCCCAAGAUUUGAUUGCCACAUGUUUGACAUGCUUAGCUACUGUUGCUUUGAGAGAUCCAGAACAGGUGUGGCAUCAUCUUCAACAGACAGGGUUCCUUCCUCACUACACUUCAGUCAAAAUGUCGAAGUCAGACAAAACCAAAGUGGAGUUCCUUGGCACAGCACCAGGAAACUUCGGUGCAAUUUUAAGCACUAAAGAGAGGCCAAUUGGUUAUUACCCUGUCACCAUGGCAACAUUGGAUUUUCUUUUGAAGCUGAUUCAUGGAAUGAGUAAUGCUGAGGAAUCUGGAAAUCGGGCAAUUAGUAUUAUCGAGCUUGCUGCCUGUCUAGUUUUCAUAAUGAGAGAGGUGUUCACAGGAUUUUACAAAUGGAGAUUUGGUAGCCUGAGGGACAGAGAAGAAAUUGGGAAGAGAUGUCUUCAGUUGUUCAAUGUUGUUCUUGGCCUUCACUUCACAAAAAAAAUGGCUGAUCAAGCCAGUGAUGCAAUGGAAGCUGAAGUCACAGAUUUGCCAUGGACUCCAUCAGUUUUACAGGACACCUUAGUUCUUGGUUUGUUGUACUCAGAAGCUGGACAGUCACUACUAAACAUUCUUGGCACAGGGGUGGAUACUGUUGAUAAACUUGUGUCUGUGGGAAGUUCUACAGGUGGAUAUGCCAUAGCCCUUGUUGAACUGAUCAAGCUGGCAUUUUCUGUGCUGAACAGACUCUUGGCUAGAAAAGAAAAGGAUGAUAACAUCUCUCCUCUGGAAGAAGCACUGACAAUACAAGUGAUUCAUCAACUGAGGGAAAAAGGAGCAAGCUCUUCCACAAGCUGGGCUUGGUAUUAUUUAACAAAAAUUGGUAGAUUUGUCUUCCCAGUGGAAAAUGCAGAGAGUGAUUUUUUAGUGGCUCCCAUGUCAAUGCAUGCAAGUUUUGGUGCUGAAGCUGUUUCUCUGAGAGACGCUUUUGUGUCAAGAUUAAGGACUCUUACUGAGGAUAUCAAACUCAAAUCAGUUAUACUGGAGUUUAUAGCAACAGCUGUUGAAACACAACCUGGACUGAUUGAGCUCUUUCUUGAUUUGACGAAUAAAGAUGACAAGGAAUUUGUCAUUGGACAGAAUAGCUGUCUUCAUGCAGUUUUAGAUAUUAUAGACCCUGAGAAACAGGCAGGUCACCACAUUCCCGCUGAGCUAGUUUCAGCAGCAUUCUAUUUACUUCACUCUCUGUGGCAUGACAGAAGGGAUGCUGCUCUUAUGGCAGUAAGAAUGAGUCCAAAGUUUUGGGAGAAGUUAACUCGACCAUUAAUAACAGGAAUAGAAUCACAUGUAGACGAGGAUUACAGAUAUCACAUGGAAAUAAGUUGUUAUGCCAUGCAGAUAAUUGCAUUAGAAGCUUACUAUGUCUCAAGAGGUCAAAUUGACGACAGUCUGAAGACAUCCUUGAAAGCUUUCUGUUCGGAGAACAGAUAUCAGUACUGGGGUCAGUUUCUCAAGUCUUUGGAUCAAUCUAUGGACGAUGAUCAAGAAAAACAGUUUGAAGAAGAAAAACUCAAACUGCUCAAAGCCUGGAGAACAUAUUUAGUUGUUUGUUCUUCUUUUCAGAAUGAGAUAUUUGGUCUAAACGAUACUCGUCGAAGAAGAUUAAUCUUGGAGGAUACUCUUCAGGCGCUCAAGUCCCAGGUUUCCAGAGUUGUAGCCGUAGAGAGUAUAAAUGCGUCUGUUGAACUGAGUAGUCUUUAUCUGAUGCUGCUCAAGAGGUGGAAGAGCUGUCUUCGGGAUCCCAAUCCAGUGUUCCAGUGCUUGGUGGAUGUCAUUGACACUGCGCACAAGAAUGACACACAGUUAUUUGUCCAUAUCCGUGUGGCCAUGUUCUCGUCCUUCUCAGUUCUGCUUCAGCACGCCAGGACUGAAAACUUAUCCGACACGUUACUGAGCAGUCAUGCGUUGGUUCUUUUACCGCUGGCUUGUGAACCACUGGAAUACUUAAGAGGAAGAUUCUCGAGCGAACAGAAGCAACAAGAUAGGGUUCUUGAACUGUCUGUGUUCAUCAUCGAUGAAAUUCUGAACAUUCUGCUCGCCAACCCUGGUCAGUGGCUUCCUGUGUUGAGAGAGCAUGCGCUGUUUGCGUCUCUGGUUCAGGCCCUGGAUGUGUGUAUUAAGACGCACGAGAAAGUAGAAUUCACCGAAGCCAUUCUUCACUUGUUCCUGUCGCUGUCAAGAAUACCAAUGAGUGCUGAGGCCCUGGCCAUGAAUAGUAUAUCCCAACCACUUUGCCUAGGAUUGGCUUCGCUGACUUACUCUGAAGGCACACCACAGGCUUCUCGGCCCAAAUCUGGUCCCCAGUCUCAGGUAUCCUCUCACAACUCGGACAAAAGUAGCCAACGAAGCUGGGAUAAAGUGUGGCAGCUUUCCCUCGCUGUGAUGGCGUCCAUGCUGCGCACACUCAGACAUGGUUUUCUCAAAGAUGCACUAGACUUUGCAGGAGUACACAGAGAAAGACUCGCAGAGGCCCUGAACUCUGUGAGCCGGUCUCAGUCUUCAGACGUUUUGGCGGAAGCAGAGGAAGUGACUGCUUUCUUACUGGAACUUGCUCAUUUUUUUCACGAAUGGAGAUUCACUCUGCCAGAUGUGUUAAUACUACUUCAGAGCCGUAUUGGUGUUCUUUGCCAAAGUUGCAUAGCUCUGCUGACUCACCCAAGAUUGCUUGCUCAUUUGCUUGAGGUGUCCAAAGGGCGUGCAAGCUCAAGUGCACACGGGAAAGCCUCGACACCAGAUGUGCAGCUCUCGCUGAGCCAAACCUUCUCCAGAGAAAUGCUCAGAACAUACUCAUACGCAGAUGAUGACUCUUUUAGAAACAGCCCUCUUGUCUCUCAAACUCAGUCACAGUUGUUGAAGAUUCUCUGCAACUCACUGGCGAUGCUGCGGCAAUUUACUCCGGACAUUUGUGGUAUUCUCAUAGAUCAGGGUAUGGAUCUUGAGGAAUUCCCCCCGCUGCUUUCUCUCGGGUUCAGUUCCCCGACUGUGGACACUGAAGAGCCGUUGUCGUUUGGUACUCUCUUGGCCUGCCUCAAUAUGGCCCUCUCCAAUCUUGGCCCAGCUGACAUGAAGUCACCUGUGAAAUCACCAGUCCGAACUCUGUCGGAGUCAUUACCGAGAUCUCUUCUGAUGUUCACUAUGGAGAAUGCGUUGAUCAUCGCUCUAUCUCAGGCUUGUCGAUACUUGCGGGAUCCCGGACUGGACCUGCGGGUCAAGCAAUUUCUAAAGAGAGAACUUGGUAGUGAACUGGGUAAUUUUCUUGGAGGUCUCUUCCGUCACUUUGCCAGACGUGGUCUUCCACCAUCACCAGCGGGCACUCAGACCAGUCCCAGCAGCGCAGCAAGGAGGACACCGACUAAGGCUCUGGCUUUCACCGAAGCACCUGAACAGAAGUUCUUUAAACUGGCUGAUACCUUUGUGAAGCAAGUUUUAAGAUAAACAUUACAUGCACGCACUGUGAAAAGAUCGGAUCUUUACCUUUAGCGAAUCUCAAGUUGUUAGUUGUCACGAGUUGUUCCCUAUUUGGUAUCCGAAUGAGAGCAAUUUACAAUAGAAGCCACCCCUAUGAAGCUAACUUUUUACCAAGGUGGGAUUGAUUCAGACAAGUUACCAGAAUAGUUUACAUUUUCGGUGAUAUGGUUGCUUUAAGAAUACACAACCACAAUCUCAAGCGAGGCAACCAGUAGGGAACAAAGGUCUCCGUGAAAUAGGUGUACGACACUCUUCAGAUCUGAUGAGGUUUUGUGUGAGCUGUCAAGGAAGAGGUUUUCUAAAGCACCAGCCUAUUGCUCACCGUGAAGUAGGGCAAUAAGUUAUUCAGAUCCAACUUUGAAUGGGUAUUGAGUAACGUCAAGUGCAGCCUGAAGAAUUUUGGUAAUGCGUAAACCAAAUUUUAUUUCUUUUUAUUUCUUCUUUCUGCUUUAAGAGCAUCAAUUUUGUGGGUAAAAAUUGGUGCGCCAAUCGUGGGUUGUGUAGCUCUAAUCCCGCUAUUUGUUAACUUAAGUACAUAAGUAAGAUUGUUUACGUAAAACUGUAUUCAUUUGUAAAUAACUGUUUUCUUUCUAAUACUGAUUAAAAUUGCGUCUUCAGUUUUUCAUAA